AUGCUGUGCGUUGGUGGUGACGGGAACGCUCCCAAGACAUCUCGGAUUCAGCGCUUCAGAGUCAGAAGUUCCUCCAAGUCAUGCCCGCUUCCGGCGCGUUUUGUGAAAGCGGGCGUGCUUGUCCGGAGCUACGACCAGAACGGGGACGGGCUGCUGCAGCAGUCGGAGUUCGCCCCCACGGAGGAGCUCAGGACGAGGCUCGAGAACCUCUUCAGCCAGCAGCGGGAGGAGGAGCGCGUGGCGCGUAUGGAGGAGCGCCAGCGCCAGAUGGACGACAAGAUGAGGCCGGACGCAGGGGCGGUGGAGGUGUCUCCCGGCGAUGUCAACGACGGCCCGGCCACUACCGCCGACAAGGCGCUGUCCGCGCUGCCGUACGUGCUCCCUCUGGCGGACGGCGUGGUGUUCGCCGCCCACCUGUUCGGCGCGUUCCCGGAGCAGACGGCGUGGGCGCAGCCGCUGGCGGCCGUGCUGCUGGCGCUACGGUCCGUUCCGUUCGCGACGCUGGUCGGGUUCUUCAGCCUGUCCGUCGGCUCCAGCAACCCGCAGAUCAACAAGCUCGUGAGGUUCAACAUGCAACAGGCCAUCAACCUGGACAUCGCUCUGAUCUUGCCGGGCGUGGUGGGUGCGAUCACGGGGGCGGUGUUGGGGUCCGACGCGUCCAAGCUGGCGCCUUUGGCGAACGCGGGGUCGGACGUGGUGUUCGUGGCUUUGUUGGCGGCUGUGGCGUACUCCGUUGGCACUUCGGCGACGGGAUCGUUCCCGAACAAGCUCCCGCUGUUGGGGCGGUUGAACCGCGAGAACCCCGACAACCAGGAGGGGGGCGAGCAGUAGAGGAAAUGAAGUUGUGACUUGGUGGAAUUUCCCAGCAGGGUGCACGUUCUAGUCGUCGUGCCGUUUGUAUAUGUUUACCUGUUGUACAUAGAGUUGUGUUUGGUGAGUCUUGAGGAGUGAGACCCCUGGUGUUGGAUUUGAUGUUAUGUGUCGUGAUGUGUCUGUUCUACCUAACGAAGUGCUCGUGGGUGGAGAUUCUGUAGCAUGUGUGUAUGCUGUAUCUCGUACAGUUGUCUGCCUUAUCGGGCAUCUGUUGCUCGUGAGUGAAGCGUUGUAAGCUGUUUUCGGUGGUGUCGGCUGUCAUAUUCCUGUAGUGCGGCAUGCACGGACGAUGCAGACUGUUCUGAAGAUGUUUCGUGCUGUUGUAUAGAUCGUGCCGAGAGUCAGUUGUUUUUUUCCAGGGGUCACCGUUGCCACAGACGAAGUCCGAGGUCGCUAGCGUCGCCGUCCCGACGUGUAAGGUUCUUGCGGGGAUCUU